AACGAGUUUGAAAAUAAAAAUGUGCUAGGAUCCAUCGGCCACUGGCUGGACGACCCACUUGAUUUUCUAAAAGUCAAAACAAAGUAAGCUAGUAAAACCAGUUUGGUUUAUGUGUGCGUAAUUUGUAUAUAUUAGAAUACAGAAAGAAGCUAAGAAGAGUCGUGGAAGUGCUUUAGUUAAUCCUGGAAUAGAAUGCAAUCCUAUUCCGAGACGGUGUUUUAUUGCUGAUUGAGAAUUUGAGCGGAGCAGAGCUCUAAUCCUGAUUUUAUUUUUGUCUCUGAGAGUCAGAGCGAGAGGUCUCUUCACGCGCGUUUCUGACCUCUGCACCUAAGGUCCGAACACCUGCCCAUCCUGCCGCCUCACCCUUCUCCACCCUCUCUCUCUCUCUCUCUCUCUCUCUCUGCCGUCAUAAUUGAUAUAUAAAUCUGAUUGUGCUGGUUCAUCAAUGUUUUAGAGCGAAGAGCUCAGAUCUAGCCAGCUCCCACCCUAAUUUCUUGAUUCCGGCCGGAUCUAGGCCGUACAAAUGGUGAUCUUACAUUGUCCAGUUGAGGUGAUGGUUAGCCGGGAUUCGCUAAUGUGCGCCAGGGCGACACUAGCUGCUCUACUGGCCUCCCUUAUGCUGAAAGCCCAGCUUUGUCGUCAAUCUCAGGAUAUCAUUAUUGGCUGUCAAUGACAAAGAGAGAGAAAAUCAAAGGCAAUCAGAGCAAAUCCAAACCAAUUGAUGCUGGACAUGAGGAUGGAGAUACCGGUGAUGACGAUGGAGCUAUUGGUUUUGAAGAAGGUGAAGAAGAGCUAUCUACAGGAGGAGGGGACCAGAGCAACAAUCCUAAUGGCAAUAGCAGCAAUUCAAAGAAAGGACCAGAAGGAGGAGCUGGUGGAGCAGGGGAAGAGAAUGGAGAAGAGGAAGGGGAAGAUGAUGAUGGCCAUAAUGAUGAUAAUGAUGAUGAAAAUGACGACAAUGAUAAUGAUAAUGGAGAUGACGAAGAACAUGAUGACGAGGAAAGUGGUGAUGAUGAGGAAGAAAUUCUCAAUGAAGGGGAACCAGAUAAUGAAGAGUCCGAGGAAGAAGAAGCCCUCCAACCUCCAAAGAAGAGGAAGAAGUGAAACAAGAAGACUGGAUGCAUGACUUACUCUGGUCAUCUAACCUUUAGCUGCCCUCCUCAUUUUUAUGAUAUUAUUUAGCUAAUCAGGAAGAACUCCUCUUGGCCAUCUAAUUGUCCUGCAUAUUUAUGCAUGUCUAGAAAAAUGUUAAAGUCCAAGACACUUUUAAGAAUGUACAAUCUCUUUCGGCCAGAUUCUCAAUCCUCUAGUCUUUCUCCAUCUGGUGUGCUUAAUUGAAGCCUGAUUGGUUUAUGGCUCCAAGGAGCUGCA